CUGAAGUGAGCCCACAUACAGACCCUGGAGAGUGAAUUUGGGAAGAUAAUGCUCCAGAGUUGCGCAGUUUCAGGUCUGGCUGUAGUGCUUCCGGUUUGAGCUCUAGAAUAAACUGAAACUCUUUCAAACUAAAGAGAGUGGCACCUUAAGUGAUCUCUCAGGAGAAUCAAAAUGAGCAUUCGGGGACAGGAACAGGUGCAGAAGAAAUAUGAUCCCCUGGAUGCCACCCUGAAGUUUGUCAAGAGGAGGGACGACUUGGAUCCACUGUGUUCAGAUGAUGAUGAUGAAGACUGUCUCAGAGCAGAGAUGUCCUGCGGCCACGCUGUCACUCCUGACUCUCUAACACGGUGGUGUCGCAGCCAGCUGGAUGAGGGUAAUUACAAAUUCAGAUGCUGUGCAGUGGUUGAGGGUACCAAACUGUGCAAUAGACAGUGGUCGUACCAAGAGGUGCGCAGACUGGCUGAUUUGUCUGUUGAGGAGAUGCAGUACUUUGAAGAGACCAUAGCCCGGCUUGCUGCUGCAGAAUACUGUGAAGUUCAACCAUGCCCACAGUGCAGAACGAGUGUGGAGAGGAAGGAUCUCUCCAACCUUUGUGUCAAGUGCACCAUAUGUACAGCAGACCAGAACAAGACCUACCAGUUCUGUUGGCAGUGUCAGAAGCAGUGGAAAGGUGCAGGCCCUCGAUCUGACCGCUGCAAUAAUGACGGUUGCAUCAACAAGGACCUGCAACUUCUGCAGACGUGUAAGCUCAUCAGUCUGCCCGAGGUGGAGGGGGUCACAGCCUGCCCCUCUGUCCGAGCCUGUCCUACAUGCGGCAUGAGGGUGGAACAUAGUCAAGAAUACUGCAAAAAUAUCAGAUGUCCUCGCUGCCAGGUGGAGUUCUGCUUUGUCUGCCUGAAACUAAAGCGUGAAUGUUGCAAAACCAGUUCACCAUAUAAAAUCUGUCCUAGUGGUGUGGCUCCUAGACAGACCUCUAUCCCUGUGUGGCAGAGAAAAUGAAAAACAUUGAUACAUCUGUUCUCAAUCAACAAUUCAACCGUGGCUGUUUAAAUGUUUCAAUGUUACAUUACCCUGUAAACUCUUAACAAUUGUUGACAAAUGCAAAAUGUGAUUAAUACACAUGUUGUGGACAUGUAUCUUCUCUUUUACUUGUGGAUGUAUGCUACCUCCUUCUGGCCAGACCUUAAAUUGCACAUGACAACAAGGGUUUGGUGUUUUAUUGUGCUGUGAAUCAAUCACUAUGUAUUGAGUUACUGAUAAUGUUAGAUUAUAUAGCUAUACAUUUAAAUAUCCUUAAAAAUGUUAAUUUAUAUUUCAGAAUCUAUUUAGAAACCUUAUAUUACUCAUCACAGGAAUAUUGAAAUGUAUGCUUUUUAAAUUGUUCCUUUCUUUCUUUAUAUUUACAAAGAGAAAGUUUUUACUGUUAUUCCCCAAAUAAUCUGAUUCCACUUAUUCAGUUUUAUAAGCACAAAAAAUGUAGUUGAAAGAAGAACAUUUAAAAUGUUAGAAAUAAAGUUAUUAUCAAA